AUGUUAAAAGUACCUGUACCAGGACAAGGCUCCUGACUGGAACCAUCCCAUUCGACAAACAAGACACAACCCCAGCUGAGUCUCCAUUUCCUAAGAGACUACGCCUAUCAACUUUCCCUGUCCUCCUCAUAAAUAAAUGGAAGCACAACAGAGCAAGCUGGAAUUUUUCCACAAGCUAGGCUAUGACAAGGAAGAAGUCUGCAAAGUGCUGGAAAAGCUAGGCGAAGAGGCCUCAGACAAUGAUUUGCUCCAAGAGUUGAUUCAAAUGGGGAGCAGACCUCAGGAGCCUGAGAACUGGACACAACCUUUUCUCCCCCAACCUGUUGCCCACAGAUCAAGCAAGUCCUUGCCAUUUUUCCAACAGUCUAUUGAAGACUCAAAUGAUCCCUCCAGUAACUUGAGACCCAUUGUGAUUGAUGGCAGCAAUGUUGCUAUGAGCCAUGGAAAUAAGGAAGUGUUUUCAUGUUUGGGGAUCCAGCUGGUGGUAGACUGGUUCAAGCACAGAGGUCACAAAUACAUCAAAGUCUUUGUCCCAUCUUGGAGGAAGGAGCCAGCCCGAUUUGAUACACGCAUUACAGAUCAGCAUAUCCUUGAAAAACUUGCAAAGCAAACAAUUCUUGUAUACACACCAUCCCGCAAAAUGAAAGGCAAGAGGAUGGUAUGCUAUGAUGAUCGCUAUAUAGUUAAGCUGGCCUAUGAGCAAGAUGGGGUCAUUGUCUCCAAUGACAACUUCCGGGACCUGCAGAAUGAAAAUCCAGAGUGGAAAUGGUUCAUUGAACAGCGGCUACUCAUGUACUCUUUCGUCAAUGACAUAUUUAUGCCUCCUGAUGAUCCCUUAGGCCGACAUGGACCUUCUCUUGCUAAUUUUCUCAGCAAAAAACUACUGAACCCUGAGCCAAAAUGGCAACUCUGCCCUUACGGCAAAAAAUGUACCUAUGGCAUGAAGUGCAAAUUUUACCACCCAGAAAGACUGAAUUGGGACCAUCUCUCUGUGGCUGAUGAGCUCCGAGCUAAGACGAAGGCCUACACACUCAUGCAGAGGCCAGAGGAAGAGCAAACGUGGGCAACCCCCACAAAAACCAGAGGUGGGAACACAUCCAGUUCAACUGCUCUCAGUGGUGGGAGCAUUAUUGACAGCAGGAACAGCUCAGCUCACAGACUGGCAAUAGCUCACACUGAUUCUCCACAGUGGGAAGACGACAAGAGCCUCAGAGACUCUGCCCGUGACUGGCCAAACGUACAACACAAAGACAGCUGGCAACUUAAACCAACUGUUUUACAAGAAGGCCAAGACAGACAUGUGGGGGACAUGUCAAAGCAACUGUCUCUGUUGUCUCUAAAUGCCAGGACUUACUCUGGGAAUAUGUUGGCAGGUUCUGGUAAAUAUAAGGACCGCUCUCUCAGAUACAGCCACAGUCCACCUCUGCCUCAUCGCAGCCUGUGCUUGGACUGCCCCUGCUUACAAGUAUGCAGCUUGCAAGGUGUUUGCAGGGAUGGGAAGGCAGCAGGGCUAAGGCCUCCUCCACAAUUUUGCAGGAUGCAAACACCAACAAUGCAGACCUCACCAACAUCUUCCCAUUUGGGAAGGCAAGCCUUGGAGACCCAGCAAAAGGGACGACAGUCUGCAGCUUCAUCAGCUGACUUGUUCUCGUACAGCAAACAUGAAGAUAUGCCAUAUCCUGAGCAUACGCAGGCAGGGUCUUAUGGCCAGUUCCUCCUGCCGGAAUCCAGCUCAUUUGGAGCAAUAGGGUGUUAUCCAUAUCUUUCUGAUACUGAGACCCAGCAGAAUUUGGCUUUGAACCCACAAGAGCAAGUGCACCCCCAGCCAACUCUGUGUGUUGGCUUCCCAUGCAAUACAGUGGGGCAACCGGUGACCUCUUCCUGCGCUAAUAUUCUAGACAUGAGACACUUAAUGACAUUCAUUCAAAGCCCUGGGAAUCUAUGCAGCAUGGUCCCUAACAGAAAGCCAACGUAAAAAGAAAGUGUUCGGUCGCAAGACGACUCUAGUGUCCACUUCUGCAAGUACCUCAGUAGCAAGAACUGCAACUUUGAUACUGGACUGGACUUGAAAUUUAAGUUUCUCUCUGCUUUGUCUGCUCUGCCACCUCUAGGAAUGAACAACAUCCUGCUCUUUAGCCUAUCAAGCCAGUUGUGUCUUCUUUAGAUUGCUUGGCCAUACCUACUCUUUCCACAAAGUUUUUCUAGAUCACCAGAGCCUCAUUUAUAGUGACCUGCUCAAUUCCACUUAUCCCCUUUUACCCCAUGCAUCCUUCCUAUGGCCUUACUGAACUCCAAACAUGUCCGUUUAGCUUUUCUUUUCUGUGUUCUAGCCGCAUCACACGCUCUGUGUGUGGCAUGGUGAUCAUGUACAAGCAUGGCCAACAUGUGAAGUGUGAAUGACAAAAUUCUUUUCUUAAAUGCUUAGGGACAUGUGCUAGGGAAUAUUAACUGGCUGUGCUUCCUGGUAUCUUUCCACUUCCAGUUUGGGCACUCAGUCCUGCCAGUCAUACUUUGUAUAUUUACCAAGGUAUACACCUGUGCAGCGACAGCACGCAAGAACAUGCAUAAAGUAUGAAACAGCCCUGUUCUAAACCUUGUGUUUUAGCUUUCAUAUACAUACAUGGCACCGCACAAAUAAUCUCAGACAUGUACCAGUGCCUUAUUGAAUACAUAGUGAUAAGCACAUAUUGUAUAUACUGUGCACAUAAAUUCCUCUUGUUUAAAUAGAAUUUGAAGAUGAAGCUAAUUUUCCCUAGAUGGCACAAGGUGGCUUGGAUUCAGAACCCUUUGUACACUCCAGUGCAAUAUGGUGUUCAUUUCCCGGACUAUCCCAUUCAUUUCAAUGGCAAUGACAGCUCUGCAUACCUCUGUUGAAAUGAAUAGGGAAGCCCUUGCGAUUCAGAGCAUCUGCAGCAGUAAGGAAAAACAAGAUUGAGAAUAACAGAUGACAUGAGGAAAGUUGCUCAGUCCCACUGAAAUUUCAACAGGGCAAAAACUCCAAGCAGUGUUCUUCAUGCCAGUCUGUGUGAUUGUGGAUCAAAGUAUUAGACUGCAAACUUGCUGGAGCAGGAAUCAUGUAACUUCUAUGUCAUUUGCAGUGACCAGUACCAUCUUGGCUAAUGUUGGUGGUGACUGAGAUAUUAUGCUACAGAUCAAGAAAUCUCUGGUUCAGAUUUCACCUCUGACAUUCUUUAUUUAUUUUUAAUAAAUAAAUAAACCUUUAAUAAACCUUGCAAGCUUUGGGAACCUUUUUUGAAAAGCGGUAUAUAAAUAUCCAUAGUAGUAGUAGUAGUAAGUAGUCUGUAGAAGUGCCCCAACUAUAGAAUAUCCUUCCCAAACAUAUUCACCCAGAGCCUAUUCUGAUCUUGUAGGCAGUGUUAAAUGGUUCCUGAUUUUCUGAGUUUAGCUUUUACUAUAAUAUUUAACUGCUUUAAUGCUUGGCUGCUGCCUAAUUUGCUGCUCUUUUGUCUGUAUAUGGUUCUAUUUUUAUCUUGCUUACUCUGUUUUGAGUUGUCCUUAUUUUUUAUUAUUGUAUUGCUUUAACACUUGUAGCCACCUUGAAGAUCAACUGGUGGAAAGGUGAAUUGAAACCCUGGAAAUAAAAUAAAUGUUGUUUUAUGUAUCUCAUUUGUCACAAUAAAUACUCUAAAGGCCUGAUCAAAAGUUAAGUUAUUUUGUAGUGGGAAAAUAUAUAUCCAAAAUGGUUGGUGUAAUACAGUAAGAUCACUGCAGAAGUGCUGGUCACUACUUCCCAUAGGGUUCAGUCUUAAGCUAAAUUCAGACAAAAUGGAUGUAGUAUUAGUGUGUGGUCCAUCUGCCCUGGGUGAUGGUGUUUAACCCAUUCUGUGCAGGGAUGGACUCCAUCUGAAGGCUCUGUGUAGCAAUCUGAAGAUGCUAUAAGAUUUGGCUUGGCAUUUGGAAGUGCAAGUGGCGACUGAGUGUAGAUUGACCUGCUCUCUCCUUUUUACCCCUUCUGUUUUUGUGGUCUGUUGUAUUUCAAGCAAGCACCUUUCAAAAAAAAAAAAAAAGAUAGAAUGGUAGCACUAACAACAGUCCACUCAGGUGCUCUUUGCACUGCUUUACCACUCUUUUAGAAAAUGUCAGAUUUUCUAUGUUGAUCAAAUGUGACUUAAGCUUUAGGGAAACACAGGUAGACAACAGAUGGAUGAUGGCAUUAGCUGACCUGCAGCACAGUUGUAUGGAGCAAAUGCUCUGUCCUCUCAAGGAGCUGGCACACUAGCUGAGUGCAAGGCUUGGCUUGAAGCCCAGUGCAGGCAGAAGGCAACGGGGAAUCAAUGUUCACUUAUCUCCCCACAAAAAGGCCUUUUUGCAUCCAGAAAUACAUCCAUGAGGAUUGUGUAGCCUUCAGGGACAUAUUCCUAGCAGAGAAAAGGGCUUUUAUGGGGAGGGGAGAGAAGCAAACAUUGCUAGUUUACUGACUCCUUGUGAGGACAGAGCUCUUGUUCCACCCUCUCCACCCUUGUAAGGUUGCACUGCACGUCAGCCAUUGUGUGAGCCUUCUGGGGUUGUCACAUUGUGUUCACUUUUCAUUGGGGGUGGGGUGUAUGUGCACAUCACAUAACAUCAUCAUAGUCCAAAUGGGAUGUUUCCGAGGCAUAGACAACUGUGGCCAGGCUACCUCUGGCUAUCUGACAUACCAUCUGGAAGCCCCCCUGGAUUAUUGACUAGUACUGAAUACCUCUCAACUGCCUUAAGGCAAUUGCACGUGCUCCUAGUCCAUUUCUCACUCAACACAAUUCAAAGUGCGGGUUUGAACCCUGAAAGCACUGAGUGUCUUGGGAAUUGGCUUUUUAAGGGACUGCCUUCUCCCACACAAGAUGCUGAGAUAUUCUUCAGAGGCCCUUGUUUUGGUCCCAUUGCUGCCAGAGGAGAGACAGGUACUGUUUUCAGUAAUAGUGGCACCCCAGCUUUGAAAUUCUCUUUCCAGGAAGGUUUGUCCUCUUUGAGAGGCAAAACUCUUUCUAUUCUCCCAGGUCCUUUUGAAUUCUGGAUUUUAUCUCCAAUAAGCUGCUUUUUCUGUGAUGGGCUGAUAAAUGCAUGGUCUUUAUUUUGAUCUAAUUGUUUGUAAUCUUUUAAAGUUGUAUUGUAUUGUAGAGAAUCCUAUUGGACUGAAGAGUGGAGUAUCAAAUGCAAAUAAAUAAAUAAAUCACGUUUCAAUAUUG